AUGAAGCUCAGCUAUUGCCUGCUAAUUCUGACUGUUAGUGCUGAUCUUUCAGUUGGAUUCACAGUGGAAAAUGUAGCUUUUAACAGGACAGUUGCUUUUGGGUCUCUCAAUGCAUCACUUCAUGCAGUGUCUCAUACUUCCAUAAGUUCUUCAGCACACCAUGAUAUCAUAGCCAAAGAGGGGACCAGUGUUUUAAUUGAAUGUAAACUGAACACCAGCCAGUAUGAACAUAUCCUUUGGUAUAACUCCAGAGGACACCUGCUUGAACAUGAAGGUGACCGGUGGAGGAUUGCUGACAAUUCUCUUAACAUCACAAAGGUCAACUUUGCUGACCGGGGCCGAUACACGUGUGCAGGCAUCAGUCCUAACGAGACCUUGUACUACACAGUCACCCUGAGGGUUAUCUUCACCUCAGGAGACAUGAGUAUCUACUACAUGAUUGUGUGCCUCGUUGCCUUUGCUAUCACCCUGAUUUUAAACAUAACCCGUCUGUGCAUGAUGAGCAGUCACCUCCGCAAAACAGAGAAGGCUAUCAAUGAGUUCUUCAGGACGGAAGGGGCCGAGAAGCUUCAGAAAGCUUUUGAGAUAGCCAAGCGGAUCCCUAUCAUCACAUCAGCCAAAACCCUAGAGCUGGCCAAAGUCACUCAGUUCAAGACCAUGGAGUUUGCUCGGUACAUUGAAGAGCUUGCCAGAAGCAUUCCCCUUCCACCCCUGAUCCUUAACUGCAGGGCGUUCAUGGAGGAGAUCUUCGAGGCCGUGCGAGUCGACGAUCCCGACGACGUCGGGAAGGAGGACAAACAGUGCCAAGGCUGCGGUGCCCAAGCUGCCAUAUACCCCCUGAACCCCGAGCUGACGCGCAGCGAUUCCCCGGCCGGGGACUCGGACGAUGGGUCCGUGAGUGAGCAGGGCCAGGAGAUUGCUGUGCAGGUGUCCAUCCACCCGCAGAGCGCAGCGCAGAGCAUCGACACCGUGUCUCACGACAGCUGCCAGUUUGUGCCUUCUGAGGAGGGCACCUGCUGA